AUGGCUGAUAGACUGGUCCCUGUGAUUUCUCUCAGAGACUUUGAAGCUCGUCGAGAAGAGAUAACGAAGCAGCUAGUUGAAGCUGCAGAGUUUGCAGGCUUCUUCACCCUCGUAGAUCAUGGCAUAAGCGUUGAGGAAAUCGAGGCCCAGUUUGCUCUCUCAAAGACGUUCUUCGACUUGCCUGCUGAAGUCAAGGGGAGAACGCCUCACGACAGAAAGACCAAUAAUGGCUGGGAAUACAAGGCCCAACUCCGGCCCAGCACGGGAACAUACGACCAGAAGGAGUCUCUAUGGUUGAUGCGUAGUUCCCAAUGGCCAAGUGAUACCGACGUGCCCGAGUUUCGCAAAACAACCGAACACUUCAUGGCCAAGUGCGCCAGCGUCUCAAACCAAGUUCUCUCGUGCUUUUCGGCAGCACUCGGGUUCCCUGAAGGCCACCUCACUACCGCCAACGACGUGACGCGAGCAGACUGCAUGACUCAGCUCCGUCUAAUACACUACCCUCCCUCCGAGAAUGCAGUCGGCACUUGGAGAGCUGGCAGCCAUACUGAUAUCGGGUGCUUAACUCUCCUCUUUCAACGCGACGGUGAGGAUGGCCUCGAGAUUUGUCCAGGUCGAGAGUCGUACACGAGUUUUGGCAUGGGAGAUACCUUCACACCACUGCCUGCAAAGACAGGACCUAUUGUUGUCAACAUUGGUGACAUGUUGAUGGCGUGGUCAGAUGACCGUCUCAAGAGUAACUUCCACCGCGUGCGAGCCAAAGACACUGGGAAGUCCCCCUCCCGAUACUCUAUCGCAUACUUCAACCAGGGGAGGAAGGACUUUCUGCUACAAGGCCCAGAGAAGAAAUACCCUCCCAUUACUGUCGGAGAGUGGUUUGCAGAGUCUGUGGCAAGAAACUUUGGGCGGCAGGUAGCAACUUCUCCUUCUUGA